AUGUCGCAGAGCGAGACCCCCGGGCUGCAGGAGGAGAGCCUGCACGGCUCCUGGGUAGAAUUACACUUUGGCAGUAAUGGGAACGGGAGCAGUGUUCCAGACUCUGUUUCUAUUUAUAAUGGCGACAUGGAAAAAAUCCUGCUGGAUGCCCAGCAUGAAUCUGGACGGAGCAGCUCCAGGAGCUCUCACUGUGACAGCCCACCUCGCUCACAGACCCCACAAGAUACUAAUAGAGCUUCUGAGACAGACACACAUAGUCUUGGAGAAAAGAACAGCUCCCAGUCUGAGGAAGACUAUAUGGAGAGGAGGAAGGAAGUCGAAAGCAUCUUGAAGAAAAACUCAGACUGGAUUUGGGAUUGGUCCAGCCGGCCGGAAAACGUGCCCCCGACCAAGCAGUUCCUCCUCUUCAAGCGCCCGAAGCGCGCGCCCACGCUCAGCAUGCGGAACACGAGCGUCAUGAAGAAAGGGGGCAUCUUCUCCGCAGAGUUUCUCCAAGUUUUUCUGCCGUCUCUUCUGCUGUCCCAUCUGCUGGCCAUCGGGUUGGGGAUCUACAUUGGAAGGCGCCUGACGACAUCCACCAGCAUGUUUUGAUGAAGAAUUGG